UGCCUUUGUACCGUCUGAUGGCUUCAGGCUGCGAAGUGAAACUUAACUGAUCUGGUUUCUCUCUCCUGUAACUCAACUGUUACAGCUCUCUCUUUAUCUCUCUUUAUCUCUCUUUAUCUAUCUCUUUCUCUCGCUGCGGGGUUUCAGCUCCACGAUGUCCGGUCACGGUCAUGGUCACGGGCACGGAUGCGGUUGCGAGGCGGAGCAUGAGCCCGCGGAGAGGGGCCUGGAGUACGGACUGUACCGGCGGAUCGACCUGGAGAAGCUCCAGUGCCUGAACGAGAGCAGAGACGGGGACGGGAAGCUGGUGUUCAAACCGUGGGAUCAGCGGAACGACCGGGACAAGUACGUCGAGAGCGACGCAGACGAAGAGCUGCUGUUCAACAUCCCUUUUACAGGCAGCGUGAAGCUGAAAGGAAUCAUCAUCUCUGGAGAGAAUGACGACUCUCAUCCAGCUGAGAUACGACUGUACAAGAACAUCCCUCAGAUGUCCUUCGACGACACCGGCAGAGAACCUGAACAAGCCUUCAGACUCAACAGAGACCCUGUGGCUGAACUGGAGUAUCCAACAAAGAUCGCUCGGUUUUCCAAUGUUCAGCACCUCUCCGUGCACAUCUCAAAGAACUUUGGAGCCGAGAACACCAGGGUCUACUACAUCGGCCUGAGGGGAGAAUACUCUGAGGCUCACAGACAUGAAGUGACCAUCUGUAACUACGAGGCGUCGGCAAACCCCGCAGAUCACAAAGUGGAGAGCAUCAUCCCGCAAACCAACUUCAUUUCCUGAACGCUUUCAGAGAGUCAGAAAGGAAGAGGAGGACGAGGAGGAAGAGGAGGUUUCAGUGGCGUCUGCUUGACAGGAGUCAAAAAAAGUCAAAGAUGAGCUCAACGCUGCGCAGCGGCCGGUUGGUUGAGCUCGACCGGGACUGAGCACGAAAAAAUCUGAAUGCCAGGGAGCUUCAGAUGUGUCUGGAAGUGCCGAGUUGUUGCUUUCUACGGCAAUAAAGAGUGAAGGCUUAAUGUGGGCAAAAAAAGCUUAAUAAUAAAUGCAUGAAACAUUUGUCACGCAGAUAAACGUCUGUUGUUAUCAGUUUAACCCGUAUACUCUGAUUCAUGUCUAUUGUUAUCAACCAGUUCAAUAAAGAGACAGCUCAGAUAAAACGCUGAAGACUGGAAAUAAA